AUGAAGUAUUCUUUUGAUAAACCAAAUUUGUUUCCACUGUCUCUCUUUCUCUAUACUCCUUUUGAUUUCUCUCUCACUUGUAUCUAUUUCCUUUUUUGUUCUACUCUUUCUUGUUCACCCCUCCCUAUUUGUCAUUUUGCUUCUUUAUUUCUCCUCUCUUUUCACCUGCAUUUUUCUCUCUCCCUCUUUAGUUUCCUUCACAAUUUUUUCAUCUCUUUCUUUCUCUUGAUAAAUCUACUCUCACUCUUUUUCCACAUCUCUGUCUCAAAACAAUCCUCUUUCUCUCAAUCCUCUCUCAUUUUUAUUUCUUAUUUCUUCCAACCUUUUCUUUUUUCUGCUUUCACUUUCUUUUCUUGUUUUUUUUUAUUCCUUAGUUUGAAUCUUUUGAUUCUGCUUCAUCUAUCUCUGUCUAUUUCUUACUUAUCCUCUCAUCCACUUUCUGUCUACACACCGUUUGAAUCAUUCUUCCCUGUCUCUCUGUCCAUUUCUCUCUCUCUCUCUCUCUUAACACCGUUUUUCUCUAUCUUUAUUUCACUGUUUCUCUCUUCUCCUUAUUACACUCCCUCCUUCUCCUGUACCAUCAACACUGCCUUUCUUUCUCUUUUGAUAAAGACACAGACUGGAUUUCUCUUGAAACAUUCACAACUUGUUUCCCCUCGAUACAUUUUCUCACUUUCUUCUGCUUACUCUUUUCCCUUUCUCUUUAUUCUUCUCUUUAUUUUUAUUUUUCUCUCUUUUCUUCUAUUCUCUUUCUCUUUUCUUCCAUUCUCUCUUUUCUUUCAUUCUCUCUCUUUUCUUCUCUUUUCCUUCUGUCGUUUUGUCCAGCCCCCAUCUCUUUUUCUCUUCCUGCUGUCUCUUUUUUCUUCUCUCUCUUUCCCCCCUCAUUCCAUUUGUCAAUUUCACCUCUUUGUUCUUUCUUUCAUGCUAUCCUUUUAUCACUUUUUGCUUUUUUUUUAUUUUUUCUUCUCUCUCUCUCUCUUUCCAUUUUCUUUCCUUCUCUUGCUUUCAAUUUAUGCCUGUUUCUCUUUUCCUCUCUUGGUCAAUCUAUCUUUCUCUCUUGGCUUUUUCUUUUCUUUUCUCUCUCCUUUUCUCUAUUCCUCUCAUUCUUUUGUAUAA